AUGGGGAUGUUUACUCGUGUUGACCAGCCACCUGAGGACGAUGAGAAUAAGUCCUAUACGAAUGAGACAGCUGAAGAGGAGGGACUAUUGAGCGCGCCUGGACCAAGUACACGAUUGCUCUCGAGAAGCUCUUGGCUUAAAGAGCACUCGAUUAAAAUCCACCUCUCCCUACUUUUCUUGAAUGCCCUUAUGCUCAUCGCUUACACUUUUCCGGGGUCUAAGCCGACAUACAUCGCAUAUCCGGACAUCGCAACCAAAUAUGAACCGCGGCGCUUCGAAACCCUGGCCAUAUACCGACAUGACGGGUCACUGAAUCCACACAAAACCAAUGCCUAUAACGGGCCGCCGCGACCGGAGCUAGAAGAAGCCUGGGAUAAACUCAUGAAUAAUACCAAUAUCCGAGUCACUCGAGAUCAAUUAGGAGAGGAAUUCGCCGCUCAGGACAGCAUAGUUGAGCUUAGUGACGGCAGCGGAUAUUAUGUGACUGUAUCCGCGUAUCAUGGGCUUCACUGUGUCCAAAGGCUCCAUCAUUACAUCUAUGCCGACCACUAUUACCCGGGACUUAGUGAGUUCGAGGCUUUCAUGUUGCGACGACAUACGGAGCAUUGCCUGGACUGGCUAAGACAGUACGUCCAGUGUCACCCAGACCUCUCACUCAUUCCAAGUCAUUGGAUGACAGAUGGCCCCGGUCCUGUUGCGCCAGAUGACGGUCACCGUCAAUGUGUUAUCUGGGAGAACAUCGAGAAAUGGAUGGCUGAACAUUCUUUUGAUCCCCAUGAGCCCGGGAUACUGGUUCACCCAAUAUUCGGUAAUCCAUACACCGAGAAUGGGACAAGUCAUAACAUUGGAGCGGUAGAGCUGGGGAGUGGGGGUUUACUACACAAAGGGGGGCAGCACACCAAGAGGGGUGGCGAUGGCAACUAG